AUGUCGCCCGAACCCGAGAAGCCGAGAAAGACCCCCCGCAAACACGUUACGACUGCCUGCGUGCCGUGUCGAGAGAGCAAGAUCAGAUGCGAUGGCUCGACACCACACUGUCAAAAUUGUCAGCGAAAAGGGAAGGACUGCAAAUAUCAGCAUGGGGAUGACAAGCGGAAAGUAUCCCUCCGAGCUGCCACAGAACUUUUCUCCGCGAGAAUUGACCAGCUCGUUCAUUUCAUUCAUGAUCAGGGACUAGAGCCCCCGCCUAUGAAAGCAGAUGAUGAAGCUGGCAUGAAUAGGGUGCUAGACACCCUGCAGAUUGCGCGCGGCGUCGCUACAAGCACAAGUUCCGUCCCCGCUGGUCAGAAACCAGUAGAAAUAAAUCAAAAUGGAAUGUCAGGAACAUCCCCCAUUCAGAGCUCCCCGAGUACAACACCAGAUGGACAGCCCCCACAGGCAGCCGAGGUGGCGACACCCGGCUCAUCAUCUUCGCAGGGACUUGUUUCCGGUCCGCAGGUGCCCUCGAUGGAGCCUUGGAAUCCGUUCGGAAUGGUGCGGGGAGCAUCUGACAACCAGAAUUUCAUUCAUUGGGGCUUUACUCUUCCCACCGCAGAAAGUCUGGACACCAUUUACGCCAAUCUCAAUGGCGCGGCGCCGGAGAUACCGGCCAACACAAGCGUGAGCCCAGAUAACUUUCAGCUUGGCAUGGAUAUGGCUCAGCAGCCCAGUGUUCUACUGGGCCAAAUGCCGGUCGACUACCCAACUCAUGAAUCUGAUAGCGAAGAUGAGAACGAGGCUGAGAACGAUGUCAUUGAACAGUUGUCCAAUCGAAUUGGUACAUUAAAGAUCGCUGGAGAUGGUCAUUUGAGAUUCUAUGGCGCGACUUCCAAUCUCAACUUGGUAGAUGUUUCCGCGACGCAACAGAGACAGAGGCCUGAUGCGCGAACUGUUCGGCAUGAUGGUCAGGAUAUUCUGAAUCAUCUUCGAGUCGGCCAGCCGGUUGACCAGGGAUUGGAAGAUCAUCUCGUCGAGCUUUACUUCACAUGGCAGAAUCCGAGCAUUUACGUUGUUGACAAAGAGAUGUACAUGACUGCGCGGUUCAAGUGGCGGAACGAAUACGACGACACCCCCUUCUACUCCGAAGUCCUCACCAACGCCAUGUGUGCCAUUGGAAGUGCUUUCGAGGCAAGAUACCACCCUACUUUCAUCACAUUUCCCAAGUCAUUGGCCGAAUUCUUCGCAGACAGAGCCAAGGCUCUUUUGGAGAUCGAGCUCGACUCUCCAUGCGUUGCCACUGUUCAAGCACUGGUCCUCAUGAGCUGUCACGAGGGCGCGUCGAAUCGUGAUGCCCGUGGUUGGCUUUACAGCGGGAUGUCUAUGCGACUUGCCUUUGAUUUGGGCUUGCAUCUCGAUAUGACACCAUAUGUCAACCAAGGCGACAUGAGCCCUCACGAAGCUGAUGUUCGGCGAGCUGCUUUCUGGGGAAGCUAUGUUGCAGAUCAUUUCUGGGGGUUCUACUUAGGUCGUCCAUUCCGCAUGAACGCUGGAGAUAUCUCGGUGGCUAAACCUGCUUCCACCCUUGGAACCGAGAGAGAAGGGACAUGGCGUCCAUAUGGACUUCAAGCUCCUUCUGAUGCGCUCGAAAAUGGACUGCGGAACCCGUCCGAGCUCGUUUGCAGGCAGUUUGUCAUCCUGUGGGAGAUGAUUUCUCCUGCUGGUCAUAUUUUAUAUGGAUGCUCCAAUAUUUCUCGGCAUGACUUGCAGAGGCUCACUUCUCAGGUUACUGAAGAUCUCUUUGCCUGGAAGGCCAAUCUGCCAUCAAGUCUUGAGAUCGAUCUGGAUGAUGAUACGACACCAAGACUUCCUCAUCUCUUAAUGCUACACAUGCAAUACCACCAGAUCAUCAUUUUCUUCCACCGACCAUGGGUAUCCAAGAGCUACAUCCAACCACGCAGCCCUCGCCAAGGACCCGGAUACCACCAUGCACGACGCAUGUGCAUCGAGUCUGCUACCGCAGUCGCACGUCUCCUCCACAUCUACGAGAAGCACUACUCAUUCCGAAGAAUGAGCAACCAGGUCGUAGCCAUCAUCUUCAGUGCAGCACUGAUGCUACUUUUUGUCACGGUAUCAAGCUCCCCGUUGAUGCCCUCCAAGCCAGGCGACACGAACCAACCACACCCACGCAAUGCGGAGAUGGUUGCGUACCUCAACUUGUGCUUCCGCGCUCUAGACGAACUAGGCCAGUCAUUUGAGAAUGCUAAGCGCACGCGUGACUAUCUAGUCACCCUCCAGCGGCGCUGGCAAACACACAUGCGCCGAUCUGGCCCGGGUGCCAAACGGCAAAUCGGUGGCGCCAAUCUCGCAGCUCUAUCUCAGCACACGCUAUCUUCGCAGCAAGCCCGGAGUAUACAUGGGCUAGAUGCGCGCAAAAAGACCCGCAUAGCGGAGAAUAACACACCUCGCCCACGGCAUGACUCCUUUAACUUGAUGGGACCACCUGCCGCCAACACCUUCCAACCUAAGCCCGUUUCAUCACAACAAAAUCAACAGACUUACCCGCAACAUCAAUUCUCAACACCCUCGGCCCAACCAGGCGAUCUUGACUGGAUCCGCAAUUCCGACCUCAACCUGCUGUCCGAUCCCACCGGCAGCGGAGGUAAUGCAAACCCCAUGGGCAUAUCCACACCCCAGUUUUCCGGUGAUACAGGCAUACUUCCAGACCUGGGGGACAUAGAUGGGUGGUGGGAAUCAACGAAUACGAACACCGGACUUGGAGGGUCAUCCAUGUAA